AUGCGCAAAGCCAACACACUCGCCGUCCUCGGCGCUCUCAUCCCCGCAGCCUUUACCGAUCCCGUGUUCAGCCCUCGUGUCCCCAUCGAAACCGCCACCCUAACGUUCUUCACCACCUCCUCUCCCAUUUGCUCAAAGUCCGAAGCCAGCUACUCCGACAUACACUAUGUCUUCACCUCACUCGACAAAUGCAAGGACCUGAAGUAUACGCUCGGCUCCCCUUACCAUAACGUCCAAGUCAGCGAGCUUUCCCCGGACUUUGCCAAUCUGGGUUGGGAGGUGGUUUUGUACGAGAAGAAGGGAUGCAAGGGUGAUGUGGUUGGCCGGAAGAAGUUGGAUGGGAAGGUGAAGGAGGAGACGUGCUAUGGGAUUGACUUGGCGCGGAGUGUGCUUCUCACUCCUGCGGGAGAUGACAAGGAGACUGGUUUUGACGAUGGCUCAAAAGAUGACACCGACACCGCCCCACUCGUCCCAGAUGAUGUUCUUGAAGGAACCUUCUUCCCAACAGGCCAAACGCCCACAAUCCCGCCAAGAGAUCCCGAGGCGGCCGAUCAAGAAGCGCCGACGCGCAUUGAAGAAGGACACAACGCGCCCGCUCCCGCAUCAGACGUCACUGCUCGCGCUGUGCCGCCGCGUGAUCCCGAGGAGGGCGACCAGAAGAAAGCAAAGUCUUCUUCGUCAACAUUCACAACGUCGACCACCAGGCACAACGCGCCAGCGCCAGCAAGCGAUGUCACAGCUCGUGCUGUGCCGCCUCGGGAUCCCGAGGAAGGCGACCAAUUGGACGAGUCACCAGCGCUCGGCCGCAGAGCACCGAAGAAGCCCAAGAAGCCCAAGAAGAAGGUCGACUGUGGGCCCGUGAACAGUGAUUGCAAUGUCGUGGCGGCGAAGGAGUCGACGGGGAAGAACGACUGA